GGAGGGAGAGUGAAAGUGGAGAGGCAGGCAGGCAGGCAGACGUGUUGCAACAGAUGGCUUUACCAGCGGCGGCUCGGCGGCGGCUGCACCGAGGAACUCUGGGACGCCGUUAGAGACAGAGCAGAGAGGAAGGGAGGGAGGGGUGUUAGGAAGUCACAGCGCUGGAACGGAGCGAGAAAAAGAGACCGAGUGAGACUUCUUCUUCUUCUUCUUCUUCUUCUUCUUCUUCUUCUUCUUCUUCCUCUUCCUCGCCCCCUUCGGCUACAAACUCUUCCUCUCCAGACAGACAGAGUCAGUGUAGUUCUGUAGCUAAAAGGAGUUUUAUAGAGGAGGUGAGAGUCUGAUCUAAGUCUUCCUCCUCCUCCUCCUCCUCCUCCUCCUCCUCAUCCUGCUGCUCCUCCUGCUCGCUGGGUCAGAGAGGAGAACACCUGCUGACAGUGAGGAGGUCCUGAGGGAGGAAACGCAGCAGCAGCAGCAGGAGGACUGAACUCAGCAGAGACUCCGCUCACACUGCAGGUCCCUGCUGAGCUGAACACACUGUGUCAAACACCGAGUACACUCCAGAGCGUCUGCACAAGAAGUUGAGUCUCCACAGCUGAUUGGUUGACCUUUUGGUGAGGUCAGGGGUCGAAGGCCAUGGCGGGCCGACUCCUCCUCUUCCUGUUCAUCUCGGUGACGCUCAGUCACGCUCAUUUCCCGUCCGGCCAGCGUCUGAAGCCCCGCCUCCAGAGAGACCGCCGCAACAUCCGGCCGAACAUCAUCCUCAUCCUGACCGACGACCAGGACCAGGAGCUGGGUUCGAUGCAGGCGAUGAAUAAGACUCGCCGCAUCAUGGAGGAGGGCGGGACUUCUUUCUCCAACGCCUUUGUGACCACGCCCAUGUGCUGUCCGUCACGUUCGAGCAUGCUCACUGGAAAGUACGUCCACAACCACAACACCUACACCAACAACGAGAACUGCUCCUCGAUGUCAUGGCAACGGCAGCAUGAGCAGCGGACCUUCGGGGUCUACCUCAACAACACUGGAUACCGGACAGCCUUCUUCGGAAAGUAUCUGAACGAGUACAACGGCUCGUACAUCCCCCCUGGGUGGAGGGAGUGGCUCGGUUUGGUGAAGAACAGCCGCUUCUACAACUACACACUGAGCCGCAACGGAGUCCGAGAGAAACAUGGAGCACAGUACCCACAGGAUUACCUGACCGACCUGAUCACGGCCGAGUCCAUCAGGUACUUCCGCUCCUCGAAGCGAGUUUAUCCUCACCGUCCGGUGAUGAUGGUUCUGAGCCACGCGGCGCCGCACGGACCCGAAGACUCGGCGCCGCAGUACAGCACGGCCUUCCCCAACGCAUCGCAGCACAUUACUCCCAGUUACAACUACGCUCCCAACCAGGACAAGCACUGGAUCAUGCGUUACACCGGCCCCAUGAAGCCCAUCCACAUGGAGUUCACCAACAUGCUGCAGAGGAAACGGCUGCAGACGCUGCUCUCUGUGGACGACAGCGUGGAGAAGCUGUAUAACAUGCUCGUGGAGACCGGCGAGUUGGAAAACACCUACAUCAUCUACACAUCUGAUCACGGCUACCACAUCGGACAGUUUGGCCUCGUCAAAGGUAAAUCCAUGCCGUACGAGUUUGACAUCAGAGUCCCGUUCUUCAUUAGAGGACCCAACGUGGAGCAAGGCAGCAUUAACCCUCACAUGGUCCUGAACAUCGAUCUGGCUCCGACCAUCCUGGACAUCGCCGGCCUCGACACUCCUCCAGACAUGGACGGGAAGUCCAUCCUGUCUCUACUGGACACUGACAGAUCGGCUAACAGGUUCCAAGUGAACAAGAAGCCGAAGGUGUGGAGAGACUCGUUUCUGGUAGAGAGAGGAAAGCUGCUGCACCAGCUUGUCGAGGGAAAGGAAGUGUCGCCGCAGGAGGAGAACUUCCUGCCCAAACACCAACGAGUUAAAGACCUCUGUCAGAGAGCAGAGUACCAGACGCCAUGUCAGCAGACCGGACAGAAGUGGCAGUGUGUGGAGGACGCCACAGGUAAACUUCGCCUCUUCAAAUGUAAGAACGAAGGGGGAGGAGCAAAGAACGUCCAGAGGGGCGUGGCCAGUCGUCAGCGUCCACUCAGCAUCAAGUCUCAGCUGUACCAUCGCAACUCCGACAACUCCGACGCAUGCGACUGCGACCUGCCCGACCUCCGACCUCUGAGCCCGCGACCCUCCACGAUGAGGCCGUUCAACAAGAAGUCGUUCUUCUCCAAGAAGAAGUUCAAAGCCCUGAAGAGUUACUCCAGGAACCGUUACAGCCGGUCUGCAUCCAUGACCAACAGUUACCCCGGUAACGACAGCAUGGUGGACGGGGCCGACUGGGCUCAGCCAAUAACAGACCAAUCUGAGGACGAGUUCAGCGGGAUGGGAGGACUUCCCAACGGACUGGCCCUGCCCGACUCCCACAAAGUCACUCACAGAUGUUCCAUUCUGCCCAACGCCUCCGUGAAGUGUGAUACAGGAGUUUAUCAGUCUCUGCAGGCCUGGAAGGACCACAAGCUGCACAUCGACCACGAGAUUGAGACGCUGCAGACGAAGAUAAAGAACCUGCGAGAGGUCAGAGGUCACCUGAAGAAGGCCCGCCCCCUGGAGUGUGACUGUAAUAAAUACCUGUAUAAGUCCAAACUGAAGAACAAGCUGCGGUUCAGAGGAGGAGGAGAAGCUCAUCCCUUCAGGAAGGGCGGGACUCGGGACAAGAAGGCGUGGAUUCUGAAGGAGCAGAAGAGGAGGAAGAAAAUGAGGAAGAUGAUCAAGAGGAUCAGAAACAACGACACCUGCUCGAUGCCCGGACUCACCUGCUUCACUCACGACGACCAGCACUGGCACACCGCCCCCUACUGGACACUGGGUUCGUUCUGCGCCUGCACCAGCGCCAACAACAACACCUACUGGUGUCUGAGGACGAUCAAUGAGACCCACAACUUCCUGUUCUGUGAGUUUGCAACCGGCUUCCUGGAGUACUUCGACCUCAACACAGACCCAUACCAGUUGAUAAACGCCGUCAGCUCUUUAGAUCGGACGGUCCUCAAUCAGCUUCACGUUCAGCUGAUGGAGCUCCGAGGCUGCAGAGGACACAAGCAGUGUAAUCCUCGCACACGCUCGAUGGAGCCGGCAGGAGGGCGGGAACAUGGCAGCUUCGAUAACUACAGGGUGUUUGAGAGGAGGAAGUGGCCGAGAAUCAAGAAACCUUCAUCAUCUCGAACCCUAGGUCCGAUCUGGGACGGCUGGAAGGGCUGAGCCUCCCGAUUGGUCGGAGCAGGCUCCUGACUCCACCCACAGCAGCCUGAAGGAGCAGGGCGUGGUCGUCGAGGCGGCGACACCUGUCGACAACCACGCCCCCCCACCCCCC